AUGAGCAGCGGCGGCCUUUCCAACGUCGGGGCAAGAUUCCUCUACGAGUCAAAUCAGCAGCGCACGGUCUCUCGCCAUGAGAUCAACGAGCGACGGCGCUACAAAGAGGGGAAACCCGGCAGCCACGAGCCUUAUGAUACUCAGGAGGACCCAGUCAAGAAGGACCCUACUCUGCCGGCCCAACUCCACGGCUACGAACCUUCCAAGGGCGCCAAAAUCGAUGCUGAGCUGAAGAAGGAAGACGAACUAAGGCUGCAAGAGACGAGCAUGAGAUAA